AUGAGCGGUAAUGCAGCGGGUGUGGGAGGUGGGGCUGCUGGGAUACUGCACAGAACACUGGGCAGCGGGGGAGGAGGCUGCGGCGAGCUGGUCAACGGUGACGGAACCUGCGCUGCGGCUGCUACCGCCACUACCACAACUCUAGCGCAGUGCUCAGAAAGAGAAACCAGCGUCGCCGAGGCCCAAGCGUAUAACAAUCGGAAUAAUACUUCCUACAUCGAUGCAGACGUAACAGGGGAAAAUAAUGACGGGCAUGUUGUGAACAAUAUGGAUAAUGCAGAGGAGAACAGGCGGUGUGCGGAUUCGGGAGAAUAUGUGCUAGGUUGCCUCAGUGCAGUUAAUGGACAAGACGUUCAUCUGAAGGAAGCUGGUAGCAUUAAUAUUGAUCACAAACCCAGCGGCUCCCAGCACGGGGGCGGGCAUAGCUGUUUUAUGGCCGCUGCGUCGAGGAAGACUGCGAGCAGGCAGCAGCGGGGUAAUACUGGCACAAGUAAGAAUACGAACGGAGAGUCCAUCUCUGCCGAGAACGAAGGAAGCUCAUUGACAGCUACCGCUGAGAAUGGCUCUCGGAAGCCUGAUCUGACUGUCACUAAGCGCCGUGGGUGCAGUAUGAGCAGAGCGCCAAAGAGGGUGUGUUUUGCAGGAACAACGACAAUAGCACACUGCGGCAUCUCGGAUUCUGGAGCUCGUGGUCCUAGGUUGGGUUACUCUCCGCUCAGGAGCACCGGGGGUGGCCAUAAGGGUCUCCCAGACGGCCAAGAAGGGCAGUCGGGGUCUGGUGCCCAAGCGUGCGGUGUCGUCAGCAGCCGCGCUAUUGGUAGAAAAGGCCCAGAGAGACACACCAAUAGCAUUGUUCAGAACGAUAACAUUCAAGUACCUAAGGAACAGACUGUGGAGCAAAAUGGUGUGGAAUUAACCCAGAACAAUGCCACAGGGGUAUGUGGGGACCCGGCUGAGGGCACAGCCCUGGGAGCAGAGAGGGUGCCUGUGGAAACCCUUAGUGCAGAGGCGCUGGAAGCAGGUGCCAGCCAGGCCCAGCACAGGCAGGGGCAGCUGGAGGAGCGUACAGAGAGGUUGUGGCGCCGCCUGCAGGUGGUGCAGGUGAAGCAGAUGGAGAGGCAUGUCGUACAGCAGUUGCAGGGGCUGGCGGGGGCCAUGGGCCCGAGGAGAGAGGGAGGACGGGCCCGCUUGCAGCAGGCCUCAAGGCCCCCGCACAUGCCCAGUUCUGGGGAGCUGAGCAGGCUGGCCAGGAGUUGCAAGAGAUGGGGACUCCACCCCAGCUUGGAAGAACACAAUGGUAGGGGUGUCCUACAGCCCACCAGCAGCCCGCCCCUCCCAGUGACCCCCUUGCGUGCGUCCCGGCCCUCUCACCCUCCAAACAGCUCCCUCUGCAGCGCCUCCGAAUUGCCCCAGAAUGCCCUCAGGAAGAAGCCGACGGAGGAGUCCCCCCACCCGCCCCCCGAACCCCCGGGCUCCCCCCCUUCCGCUGCCAGGGCCCGCCCCCUGCUGCGACAGCGCCGGCGCAAGCUGAUCCGCCUCGGGGGGUCCGUGCCGCUCGCAGCAAAGGCUGUGAGCAUGCAGUGCUGGUGUACACCCCCAGCAGUCUGUGUACUGUGUGCAGACAGCCCUCCCCGCUGUCCCAUUGAUAAAGGGGCGUCACCAUGGGUACAGUGGGCCCAGCUGGACCUCUGUCUGCACCCCGUCCUGUCCUUUCCCCCUGACGUGCCCCUGGCGCUGCGGUGUGGAGUCCCGCCGCGGGCCGGCCCCCGCUCCCACAAACCCGCGCGGCCGGCGGGGAUGCCGCCUCCGCCCUCCUGGCUGGCCAGGCGGGGCCCGGGCUCCCAGAAGCCGGGCAGGCUGAAGAGAAGACCAGCCUGCGCCCCCCCGCUGCACGGCAUCCUCCCCCCUGCCCACGACAGAACAGGCGAGCGGCCCCAGAGAGGCCUGGUCAAUCUGCCGUUCCUCUGCCAACGGACGUGUUCCACAGACCUCACCUUCCGACCCGCCACCCCCCCGGCGCCCGACACCCCCACACAGCCCACACGCCGUCGGCGAGGGGAGAGCUCUUUUGACAUUGAUAAUCUGGUGAUGCCUCUGGGUUUGGCUGGUCUAGGGGGCGGGGCCAGAGUACAGAAACUGCAGUACAAAGAGAUCCUCACUCCCAGCUGGAGGCAGCUGGACUCUCCCUCAGCGGUCCCUGCUGGUCAGGUGCCCCCCAGCCCUGAUCCCCCUGAAGAGGAGCAGAGGGCCACUGCAGAGCAGGAGCAGGAGAAGGAGCAGGAGGAAGAGGAGGUGGAAGAUCUUUCGGACGCUGCCUUCCUGUACCGGCACGCGCAGUGUGAGCAGAGGGAGAGAAGUCGCUGGGGCAGCUGGGCACAGCGUCGGCGUAGGGGCAGGUCCUCCUAUCGCGGUGACGGGAAACUGGGCCCCAGGACACCCGAGCAGCCCCCCUCACCCGAACCCAGGGCCCGUUUGCCUUCAGACGGUGGCUCGUGGCCUUCAAGUCCGCAGGAGACUCCCGGCACCCCCGGCCCUGUGGAGGAGUCCUCCUUCUUUGCUCUGGAGGAGGAGCAGCUGGCGGCGUUGCCAUGGGAGCGCCGGUCGUUCCCGCUGUCAGAGGCAGAGCUGCAGUGGCUGCAGGAGGAAGAGGAAGAAGAGCACCCGGAGGACCCUAGCUCCACCAGCGCCCGCAGCCAGAGCACUGACUCGGGCAUCUCCGUGGGCAGCCUGGAGCUCUCCCCCAUCGCCCUCUUGUCCCCGCCACCACCAGUCCGCCAGGGUCAGGACCUCUCCCCAAAACCCCCGGCCGCCUUCCCCUCCGAAACUCAGGACUCCCCCUCCCUCCAGCCCCCUGAGUCAUCCCUGCCCCCUGUUCCCCUCUCCCUUUCCCCUAAGCCACCCCCUCCGCUGCUGCAGACACGCCCAGCCCCCAGCUGAAACGCAGAGCGAGGGAGUGGCCCCGCCUGUUUUGGUACCUCAUGACACGCCCACUGCAACCAGCUGGAGGAGGGCCCAACCUGGCCCUGCACCACCCCUGCACCCCGCCCUUUCUCCCCCCCAGUCCACUUCACUGUUGGAAGUCACGCAUGAUUGGACGGCCCAGUCUGUGCAGUGUAUUCUGUUUGUUUGAUAUUUGGUUUGAUAUUUGAGUUUGUGUAUGCUUUUGUUCGUCUUUGUUUUGCCGUCUAUCCCCAGAUAUUUCUGUUUAAUAACAAAUUGCAGGCUAUCAGUCUAUGUCAGCAUGUUAUUUAAAUAGACCUGUUACCGUCUACUUGGGCAUUGUAUUUACUCAACAGCAAAUAGCCACAGAUAUAAACAUAACUUUAACAUUAUCAAACUAAAUAAAUUGGACCCUUAAAUCAGAAAAGUAGGCUGGACAUCCAUUGUAAUAACAGCAUAAUCUUUACAAGCUAUUUUUCAAACACUGACUGUGUGUCAGUCAUUUAAUUGGUUUCUAAGGGAGUAGCUUAUGGAAAACUGCACUCGGAAUUCAUAGAAAUUUGAUUAUUAAAGAGGCUAAUUUUUUUGUUAGUUUUUUUUUUUUUGGGACAAAAUCACCAGAUGUAAAUUGCAACUCAGUUCUUAAGCUACUGUCCCUUGUGCUAGAUUUAAAUUAAAAGAAUGGAAUUGGGUGUAUUGUUAGGUAUGAGUAAAUAUGCUCUUUUGUUCUUUUCAGAAGCACAUUGUGAGAUGUGCCUUUGUCCUCCUGCUUGUUUGUUGGUUUUGUGGAGCUACCCAGCACCCUGUGUGUCAGGGGAACCCCCCCAUCACCCCGCACCCCCCCCCCCCUCCCGUAGCGGACUGGUCCUUUCCACUGACAAGAGAGGCCUUGUUGGAGGAAAGAAAAAAAAAUUUUGUAGAAAAAAAAAAAGGAAAUCACUAUGAGUAAUAAUGAAAUACAUUACCAGAAAACGCACAGUGCUCUAAAUGCGAAGAUAACAUAAAAUAAAACUUCUCAAAUGGAAA